GAGGCGGUAGGCAGGGCCCAGGCAGGUAUGGAGGGGCCUGUAGGGUGAGGCUUUCCAGCCGUGAGGCGGAGCCAGAGAUUGCUUCCCCCAGAAACAGCAAUUCCAGCUCUCUUCCAGCCAACAGCGGUCCCCAAGGACCACCAGCCCUGGCCCUGCCACCUGCUGCUCAGCGGAUGUCUGCACCCUAUGUCCGGGGCCCUGCCAUGGCUGAGCAGGUGCCUCUGUGGCACCACUACCUGCUAGCCAUCCAGUCGCGGGAAGCACCCCGAGUCCAGGACUACCAGCAAGCAGAGAAUGUGCUGCUCACGGUGCUGGAGCAAGUGCAUGCCCUGGACCCUCGUUUCCUUGUGGACUACUCCCGGGAUGUACAGGCCUUCCAGUUUGCCCUGCGCUCCUCAGAGGACCCACUAGAUGUAGAGGUGCCCCUGCGAGUGGACACCAGGGACCUCCUGAUCGAGGAGACAGAGGCCACCAAGCCGGGGGAUGGCCCUGCACUCUGCCGCCUGGGUGUCCCCAAGGAAGCAGCUGGUCUGGAGCGUUGGAUGACUGAUGACAUCUUCAGUGCCUCCGCAGAGGACAAUGACAAGUGUUGCGGCCACAUUGCUCCCAGCAAGGUCCUGUGUGUCCUCAAAGACCUCCUGGUGGCGGCCAUUGUGCACUGCAGGCAUCACAGCCUCAUCCCGCCAGGUUCACUGAAUGCAGCCAGUCUGAAGGAGGGGCAGCUGCGCUUGUCCUUGUUGGUGUCCAGUGGCUGGAGAAAGAUCCACUUCAAUGUUGUGCCUGUGGUGAGGAGGAAGCACAAGAUACCUGUCCUAGAGGGGGCCCACUUGACACCCGGAUUUCCUAAGAUCGCCUUGAGAAAGAUUGCCAGCCAUGGGGUGGACCUCGUACCUUCCAGCAACCAACACUGGAGGACCUCCACUGGCUACCUGCUUAGCCAACUGCUUGGUGCCCUGGGCUCCCUCCCCGGCCACCGCCUGGACAGUCUCUCAGUCCUUGACCGAGUGAACCUGGAGAGCUGGAGGGGUGGUGGCCAGAACCCUGGCCUGACUUUUGACCACCUGAAGACGGCGCUGCUCUGGGCCUCUGCGCUUUUCCCAGCGCCCGAGGACUGGGCAGAGCUGCAGGGCGCAGUGUACCGCCUGCUGGUGGUGCUGCUGUGCUGCCUGGCCACCCGGAACCUGCCCCACUUCCUCCAUCCGGAGCACAACCUGCUGCAGAACAGUGAGCUGGACCUCGGGGACAUCUACCAGCGCGUGGAGCACUUUGCCAGCCAGCCUGAGGCAUCUCUGCUCAUCCAUGUCACGCACCUGGGUCGUACCCGCCCACCCCGAAUAGACAAUGGGGUUAAGGCGCUCCUGCAGCUGCCUGCCAGUGACCCUACGUACUGGACCACUGCGUAUUUUGAUGUCCUGCUGGACAAGUUCCAAGUCUUCAACAUCCAGGAUAAGGACCGUAUCACAGCCAUGCAGAGCAUCUUCCAGAAGACCAAGACCCUGGACGGCGAGCGGAACUAGUUGCAUUGCCCAGUCUCUGCAAACUUGCAGGAGGUUCCUGGGACUUUUGGAGAAGGAGAAGCUUCUUGAUGAGGGGGUCAUGCAGGGGCUUUGUGCCCAGGGACUUUGGUCCAAGGGCCAUCUGGGAGUCUGAGUGCCAUGCAAUGGGGACAUGAGGCAGUUGCCAUGUCCUACCUGAAGGCCUGAGAUGGAGGGGUCAUGUACUUCACAGGACACACAUUAAUCCAUCUCUGACAUUGUUAGCAAAGUGGGGUGUGGGCCUGAGCCUGGAGAACAGGUGCUUGUCCCUGUCAGCUCUGCACACCUCUCCUUGGGGAUGAAGUUCCAUGUACCCAGUGCUGAACAAACUACCGCUUCAGUACGUCCAGUGCAGAGGGUUCCCACUUUCUGAAUCUGUCAGUGGAAAUAUAGGAACCUAAAGGUCUAAGAGGCCCAUGUGAUGGAUGAUUUCCAACCUUCUCCAUUCUCAGACAGUGUCCCCUAUGCCAGGUGUGCCUACUCCCUAGUUCAGGGAGCGAUGACCCUCAGCUUCUCCUGCCAGCCCGCACUGGCCGACUGCUCCCAUCACUCCAGAGGUGCCUCCUGGGCUAGACCAGGCGUCCUGUUCUGGAACCUGAUGUUCCCUCUCCUACUAUCCUGUCCCCACAGACCCUCUCUUGUGCCUGCCUGCAGCCAGGGACAUCUAUUUUCUAUCAUCUAUCCUUUGUGCUCAGUGGCUUUAGCUCCUCAAGCUUUUAGGGAGGGAACCUGUAGUCCUACAUGUGUGCAGGCCACACAACUCUGAGUAUCCUCCAAGGUCCAAUGGCAUGAGUCAGAGCAAUCACACAAUGAAAGCAAGUGCCCAGGACCUCUGAAAGCUAUAGGAUCAGUACUUGAGCUGACACCAACAACCCUGAGUGAGAACCACAGCUCGGUCCCUAUGUGAUUCAUACCAGACUCAGGCCUACCUAGGUUACCACCUUGCUGUAGAGUGUGAAUCAGGAUAGGAGAAAUAAGAACUGUGACCAGAGGAAAGGUCAAAAGAACAGUGUGAAAUCAUUCUAGUCCACAGCUCUCUCAAACAUAUCACAUCAGGAACAGUAGGAGAAUGUGGUGCUUCUUUAAUGACUAGCUUGGUGAGAUGGCCCCAGCAGGAACCCAGUGUACUAUGGUGAGUGUCAGGCUUACACAACGAAGCCCACAGGAACUAUGAUAGACAUAAUCUGCUAUAGACCAGGAUGCCGGGGCUUCAGGAGCUUACUCUGUGGGCAUAGACCU